AUGGGUCUGAACGAAGAGCGUUUAGCACAACUACUGGCAUGGGCAACGGCUAUCCAGGUCAGUUGUCGCGUGCCAUAUCAUUACCGAACAGGACAGAAUGCUGACUGUAGACUACUGCCACCCACAGACCGACGAGAUACAUACCCUGCACGAGAACAACUCCCUCUCCCCACGCAACCCCCUUACACUGCACAUCUCGCAAACCUGUCCUUCGAUGCCACGCAAGGAGAUGUAAAUGAUUUCUUUAGAGACUGCCAGGUCACAAACGUCCGCAUUGUGGAAGACAAACAAGAUCGCAAACCCAAGGGCUUCGGUUAUGUCGAAUUUGCAACACUGGAUGGUCUUAAGGCUGCAUUGGCUCUCAGUGGCAACAACUUGGCAGGUCGUCAGGUCCGUGUUAGCGUCGCCGAACCGCCAAAAGAAAGGCAUGAGACCCGCGAUUUCAGCGACUGGUCAAGAAAAGGCCCUCUUCCAGAACUGCCGAAUCAACGCAGGGUUUCCGACAGGCCAGGAGGUUACGGCGGCCGUAGCUUUGACAACAUGUCCGACGCCGGAAGUGAGAGGGGCCACGGGAACGAACGUGGCGCCCGGCGUGGGUUCGGGGACGGAGAUGGCAAGGUUCGGGACUUCUCAAAUUGGGAAAGAAAAGGACCAUUGUCACCGGUCACACCUGGCCCCACGAGUUUAAGGGAGGGCGGGAGACAGGGAAGCAAGGAAGGCUACGGCUUUCGCAAGAAUUCGCCGUCCUGGGGCGAUGCAAGAUCACAGGACGGGUCUCGGCCUCCACGACGUGAAUACGCCGAACGACCUCCUCCCGAGAGACAACCGACCGCACCGGAACUUGAUAAUCAAUGGCGCGCUCGCAUGAAACCUGAUUCUACCAAAGUCCCGACUCCCGAAGCCAGCGAACCCUCUUCUCCUGCCGCGCCGCCGGCUCCAGCAACCAGACCGAAAUUGAAUCUGCAGAAGAGAACUGUUUCCGAGACGGACCCCGUGGCAUCACCUGCUGCUAUUUCGGAUGUUAAAUCCAGCCCGUUUGGAGCAGCUCGUCCAGUCGAUACGGCAUCUAAAGAGAAGGAAGUCGAAGAAAAGCGCCAGCUUGCUCUUCGACAGAAAAGGGAGGCGGAGGAAAAAGCAAAGGCUGACAAGGCCGAGGAAAAGAAAUUGGCAAAGGAGAAAGCUGAGGUGGACAAGGAGCGGGUCAAGGAAACGCCUAGCAAAGAGACCAAGGAACCCAAGGAGCCCAAGGAGUCUUCUGCUGCCAAAGAAAAUGGCGAGGACACGGCCCAAUCUACGCCAAAGUUUGAUAUUCUGCGUCGUGCUGACUCGGGCAUGAACGAUAUGGUUGCGGAUGACGAAAAUGACGAGGAGGCGGAAGAACGGCCUCAGCCGACAGACGACAAAGCAGUCAAACCAAAGGAAAUCGUGCAGACCCCAACGUCGGCGAAGGCCAAUGGUUCUUGGAGGAAUGCACCGUCUGCCCAACCCCAACCCCCCGCUACCAGCACUGCUACAGAACUGGAAGAGGACGGCUGGAGCACAGUGUCCAAGCCGCAAAAGCAACGCAACCAGCGACGAUACGGUCCGUCGAGAGGAGCGGCGUCCUGA